GCGAGAAAUCUGGACACGAACCACCGACCACUGUUCGUUGGACGAACGAAAUUCCGCCAUGACGGUCCGUUAAAAGCGGGACGCAAUGCGCGUAAUUGAGUCACAUCGAGUGAAUAAAGCUGGUGCACGGAAGCUUUCCGUCUUGCGUUGCGUUGUUUUUGUCUAGUGCGAUCGUCCGUAGAUCAUCGAAUGAUGCUGUUACCGGUGCUGUUAGUGUCCGCUGCCAUGUUUGGGUGCCAUGUCGCGGCCAACGGAUUCAACGUUAACCAGUAUCCCCAGGCACAGGUGAACGCUUGGACGCAGGCAUGCCGUAGCUUCCAGGCCCAAGCGCUGGCCACCCAGGCCCAACAGAAUCAGUUCUUCUCGAACAUGUUCCCGCAGGUGCAGCUACCACCGCUACCCUUUACCGAUCUUUGCUCGCAGACAGGUUUCGCUGGGGCUGGUGCUGGUGCAAGUGCCGGUACCUUUGGUCACGGUGGAUCGGGUGUCGGUGUAACGUCGUUUAACAACCGGUUCGGUGGUGAUGACGGCGGGUAUGGUGGUAAUGGAGGAGUACAGGGCGUUAGCGUCAGCAGCAGUUCGAAUGGAUUCGGACAAGGCGGUACAACGGUGACGCAUUUCGGAAAUGGUGGUGCAUCUUCGAACUAUAUCCCCCACAACCAGCACCAUGGUAAUGGGGGCGGAAUUGCAACAGGGAAUCGUUUCGGUGGAAGUUCCGGACAGGGUGUAAGUGUCUCGUCCUUCGGUACGAACAAUGGCGGUGGCUAUGCAACGGCCAACCGUUUUGGUGGUGGUUCCGGUGGAACAACGCACUACGUGUCGAACAAUGGUGGAUCGGUAAGUUCGUAUGGACCGAACGGAGGAAGCUUUGCAUCGGCCAGCCGUUUCGGGGGCACCAAUGGUGGCGGUAACUACGGUGGAAGUGGUGGAUACGGAGGAGGCAGCUAUGGCGGUGGAAAUGGUGUGGCCGUUGGUGCUAGUGUAUCAUCCUCCAGCCAUGGCAAUGCUGGAGGAUCGGUACAGACGAGCGUUUACAAGCAGCACUACUAGAGUAAAACGUUACACAGAAGAUCGUCCGGUGACGAGUUGCUCAUAAUCUGUGAUCUGAUCACGUCCAUUAGCAUUAUUAAUCGAUUGCACAUUGUCAGUUCGUCACUUCGUUCAUUGCAAACAUUCUUAUCUGUAACAGGUUCACGAAUACCAAUACCAUUACCUGGUCCCAGUGAAAUUAAAAUAAAAUUUGCUUGCGAAUUCGCAACUGGUA